AUGAACGACGAGAAAGCAGAACAAGCGGCGAUUAAGAUACAGGCUGUUUUCAGGGGUCGCCUUGAUAGGAUCCAAGUGCAGCAGCAGCGAUUGGCAGCAGCAACGAGAUGGUCAGAAAUUUUAACCGGUAAGCACAUUGCAUGUUGCUCUCUGUAUCAGCACAGCUUAUCGCCCGUUGCAGAUCUCAAAAUGAAGGAGGCAGUGCUGAGCCAGACGAGUGCACGGCGCAACAGCGCGACAGAACGUUUCCAAAGAGCUGGAUUCUUCGCGUCGCGCCUGCACGAUGGCCUGUCCUCGAGAGACCAAUACCAAGACCAAGAUCAAGACCCAAAACAAGUCUCUGCGAAAGUGCAAGAGAUGCUUACGAAGAAAGAAGAGAACGGCGGUAAAGAAGGAGCGGCUGAGAAGGUCCUAAAUCUUAAAUUCAUUUCUAAAGCCAAAUCCAAGAAGAGGGAUGUGGAAAGACGCCUGCAGGGACGCGUAGGUCCUGACCAGAAACCCACGCAGGCAUUACAGGAAAAACAAUCAAAGCGACUAGAAGAGCAGCACUGGCUCGAAAUGAUUGACACAAAACAUCGUUAUGGUGUUAAUUUAAAAUGCUACCAUAAAUUAUGGUCGGUUUCAGGUACAUCUGAUAACUUUUUCCGGUGGCUCGAUUACGGUGAGGGCACCCACCUCGAUCUCGAUGAAUGCCCGCGUGAGCGAUUGGACAAAGAGCAGAUCUUUUACUGCUCUGCUGAACAGCGCCUGAACUACCUCGUAGUGCCUAAUCCUUUGACAGGUCUGCUGCACUGGGCAAAAAAUGGUGAAGCGGUGGAUACAGCUCCGGACAGAUGGCAGGAUUCUGGAGAUGGGUCUGGGAUAAUACCACUUCAGGAAGGCUUCGAGGGUGGGCAGUGUGAACAGUAUCAGCAGCAUGCACAAGAUAACAGGUCGUCUAUCAGCGAAGAUAGCUCCGUGUGGACAUCGUUUGACUCCCCCUCCAGCUCUGAUGAUGAUGAUGAGAUUGCGCAGAGAGAGCGCGACGAUGCAUAUGAACACGCCCAUGACAUGAUUGAUUUAGAUGACAAGAAGGAUGACAAAACUCACCAUAAAUACACAGCGCGUGGUAUCAUGGAUAGGCUUCUGCGUAAAACUGUCGGAAAGAAUACGUGGAUAUAUGUGUCUGAUAUGCAGUAUAAUAUGUUUGUUGGGAUCAAAUCGACAGGGACUUUUCAGCACUCGUCCUUCCUCUCUGGCGGCCUUGUCUCAAGUGCGGGGUUGAUUAGGGUGCGAAAUGGUCAAAUUUCAGCGCUUAGUCCGCUGAGUGGACAUUACAGAUCUUCCAUAAAUCACUUCAAAAUUUUUCUCAAUGAGAUGGAAAAACAGGGCCUCAAUCUCGAUAAAGUCAAGGUGGGGAAGAGUGAAGUGAUGCUGUGGGGAUUGGAGAGGUAUGGCAGUAUCUCCAAAAAUCACAGAGAGCGCAAGAGAAGCGCAUCAAUCAAAAUCAGAGGCCUGGCUGAGAAGCUGCACAUAACCGAAACUAGUGAGACGAGAGAAACUAACGAUGAAAACAAGGCGCCGAGAGCAAGAGCGAGACAAUAA